AUGGUACUGAUAACAUUGCCAAUCAUAAAGUUAAGUUUCUUAGGGAUACAGCAACUUUCUCGUCCUGUUAUCAAAUUGAUACGUUUGGAGGCAAAACAAAGCAAGACCUUUAGAAAUUACAUUUGUAUGCCAGCUGCUCAAUGUUAUCACUGGUGCGAAGUUAGGCUAAAGAUGUUGCUAUUAAAUUUAGGCAGACCGGCUAAGGUGAAGCCACUUAACGAGGCAAUGGCCGUUGAAUUGGGCACUGAG